AUGUAUCCUAGGCCGAUUCUCAAUAAACGAAUCAUAUUUUCAAAUCCUAUUUAUUCAAAUUUUGACCCUUAUUUGGUAUUACCAGACCGAGGACCUGAUCUAAAGUCUCUUCCAGAUCUCUCUUCAAUGCAGUGGCCUUAUUCUACUAGACCAAACUUUACUCGAAGGUCAACUGGAAAGUAUUUCGACUUGAAGCUGAGUCAAGGACAAUACAACUCAUUCAAGAAACUUUUAAAUGAGUUUCAACGGGUUAUGAUUGCCCUUAAUCUUCAAGAUCAAUGGUUUCUUUCUGCAGGUUCACUAAUAGGGUCCAUGAGAAACCAGGAUAUGAUUCCGUGGGAUGAUGAUGCUGAUGUAUGUGUGCAUGUUCGAUAUCGUACAGUAAUUCAAUCUGCUUUAAGAAAUCUGUCUUAUGAAUUCGGUACGGCCUCACAAGAUGUUCGUGACAAACUUUUUUUAAACCCCUUGGAUGAACGCGUGGACGUAAAUUCCGACACUAUUGGUAGUUUUCGUAUACCUGGUUGUACAUGGUCAUGGCCUUUUCUGGAUAUUCUAUACUUUCAAAGUACUGGAAGUCAUAUGGCUAAGGAGCUAGCUUCUGAACCGAUUUACCUCGACCUCACAAAGAUCUUCCCCGUGACCUAUAGGCCAUUUGGAGGACAUUGGUAUCCAGCGCCGCGUAGUCCCAUUCACGUCCUACAAGCCUACUACAAAAAUCAUGAUUGUGUUUCAGCCUAUUAUUCACACGCUCUUGAGCAUUCAAUCGCCUCAGAAAGCGUGGAAUGUGAAAGUCUUUUGAACAAGCACCCAUUUGUUGCGCGCUGUCCUUCUCCCACAGCAUCUAAUAGAAUUGAUGGCCUUCAAUUUUGCGAUGAAUACCUAGUAGAUGGAAAUGGCAAACCACUCCACAAAAUACGAACUCUUCUGCCUCCAGAUGAAAUUAAUUCAUUGAAAUUCACCGCGCUAAAUGAAAAAUUUGUAUGCUACUAA